UUUCUCUAAUAUAAUUAUAAUUAUUUUCAUGCUAGUCAUUUUUCUUUUGGCGCAACGGAGGCAAGGAAAAGGGUGCUCAUACUGGCAUGAUAUUUCAUCGCAUCCGGAAUGUCAUCAAACAGCUACCUGCAGAAAAACAUAAAUAUAAUCGAGGAACUAUGCCUGUAGAAGAGUCCGUUUCAACUGAACUUGUAGAGCGGUCUCAAUUGCUCCGAGUAAUGCUUGCAUCGGCAUCAGUAGCAGAACAUAUUUGUGAUGAAAUGGACCGAUGCUUUCCAGUCCUCAAACUGUUAUUAAAAGAAAAGAAACCCGUUAAUGAUAUCUUGGAUAUGUUUCCACACCUGUGUUCAUAUGAAGGAUUGGUGAUUCGUCAAAUGUUUGAGAGAUUGUAUCCUAACAGAACAGAAGGUCUCAAAAUCGAGGAUGUCUUCUCUCAGUGUCUAUCUUAUUCACCGUCCAGAUUCUCUAGAGUAGAAGAUGAUCACAUUCGAGGAUGCUUGAGAAUAAUUUCUCAUAUGCCAAUUCGCGGACAAAAAAGAACGCUGGUAGGCUGUCCAACUGUAGGCGAAGAACAUUCGGCUUCAAUUUUAAUUCGUUGGAUUGGGGAGUGCUUAGAUACAUACGUGGCAUCCCCCGCAACUGAUUCCAAACUACACAUGGUGUGCGUAGCAAGCCCGAUGAAAAGAGGAAAUUAUGCCGUCAUUUGUGAGAAAAAAGUUAUAUUCGAGACUAACAAUUCUAUUCAUGCAGUGGAAAUUUUAUUCAAAUGCCACGCAGUUCUCGGAGUGGAGGUGCCACCUAAUUUUAGAAUGUUUUGGGACUUUCUGGCAUGUGCCAUAUAUAAUAUAAUUCCGCACAGUCAGAGGACAACUGUGAAUAGACUCGUCCAAACUUUUAUUGAAGUUUCCCGCGCACGUAUUGACAACAAAUAAAAGGACAACUUUUUUAUACAAUACUUACUAAAAACCAUAAAAUUUA